UCGCAAUACACCUUCGACCAGCACUUUAUGUUAUAUCGUCCUUGUUCUUCUUUCCCUUGCUCCUGCGGGUGGUUUUUUUCACCUUUCUUGGGUGCCAGCGGCCUUACCUUAUCUGGCCAACUAUUUUGCCACAACUAGUGUUUGAGCUCUAACUUUCUUUUGAUAACUCGUGGCAGUUGAGUUGAAAUGAAAGAGACACGGAGUGGGUGAGCUGGAUUUCUUAGCCGCAUAAGCUUUUUAUCUAUAUCUUUUCCUUACGCAUGGACAACAGUGGAGAUUUUGGGCCCACUGAUACUGCAACAUCAAGACCAAUGAGGAGAAGGAGAAGCAAUUUGAUCCACCGUCCUCUGAAUGAAUCGGAGGUCCAUCAAGAGUAUCGUGAUUCUAUUUCGCUUUCCUCAACCCCAUCUGAUCAUGUUAGUGAAGAAGGCAACAACAUCCUUAACCAAACUGUAAAUUGGCAAAAAGAACCUGGUUCCACUUUGUCCAUCUCCAUGCCAUCAUAUGCUAACCUUGCUGGAACUGAUACUGUGCAGCAACUUUAUGAUGAACGUGAUGUGAUAGAGGAAACCAUUGACUUUAAAAGAUCUGUUGAGGAUAAUAACGCUAAAGCAGAUAACUGGACGAUGAACAAAAAUAAAAUGAAUGUGUUAGAUCUCAAUCCACCCGUAACAUCAUCGGGUGGAACUGGAACUGGGAAAAAAUUCAGUACGGUUAAACUCAAGGUUGGAGGUGUGACUCAUACAAUCCAAAACAUUUCCGAUUCUAAUGGUUCUUCAGUAUGUGUAACGUCUACUACAAAGUCAACUGCACCAGAUGCCACUAAUCCUCAACAAAAGCUGAGUAGUGAGUUGGAUCAGAAAGUUAGCCUACGUGGUCUGCCGUGGAAGGAUUUUUCGAGAACUGGCUUCAGCUUUAGAAAGAUGGGUUCCUUAGGAGUUGAUGUGAUCGAGGACUCUGUCAAGCUAGCUAAGAAACACAGUCGGCCAUCUAUAAGCAAGUCAAACAAAUUUUUGACUGACGAAUUAUAUGACGAAGAAGAAGAUGAUGAGAUUCGGUACCUUAAAAAGCUCAAAGCCACCAGAAGCGUAUCCUAUGAUAGUGCAGAAUAUGAAGAAGAAAACAGAGGCAAGAAACUGCGAAAGAUAUCCAAGGUAAUGGAGAGACAUAUUCCCGACAUUGACUCAGUCAAAGGGCGAAAGAGUUUGAGGCCAGUUAGAGCAUCUGAAGAUUAUGACUAUGUGGAAGAGGAUGAAUUAGUAUCUGAUGGCGAAACCGAAAACAAGAACAAGAAACAGAGAAAGGAGCAGAUUGGAGUUGUUGAAUAUUCCAAUAAAAGUUCAAUCACCACCCGCCGGAAGGCAAUUCUGACAAGUCGAGACAUGUCACUUGGUGUACAUUUUAGUUCGAUCCAGUUUCCAGAUGGAUUACCACCAGUUCCACCAAGAAAGCCGAAAGAGCAAGUCUCUGAAGUGGAGCAGCAACUGAAAAGAGCUGAGGCUGCCCAAAGGCGUAGGAUUCAGAAUGAGAAAGCUGCUCGUGAGUCUGAGGCUGAGGCAAUUAGAAAAAUCUUGGGUCAAGAUUCCAGCAGGAAAAGACGCGAGGAGAAAAUAAAGAGACGGCAGGAGGAACUAGCCCAGAGGACUGCCAAUGAUAGUGCAGUUGCAACCAACGCUGUUAGAUGGGUCAUGGGGCCUUCAGGGACAGUUGUCACAUUCCCUGAUGAGAUUGGCCUCCCGAGUAUAUUUGAACCCAAGCUUUGCAGCUAUCCUCCUCCUAGAGAAAAAUGUGCCGGUCCCACAUGUACGAAUGUAUACAAGUACAGGGAUUCAAAGUCAAACCUUCCUCUAUGCAGCCUCGGAUGCUACAAGGCUAUAAAUGACAAGGCACAACCUCUGCCUACUUGUUAAGUCAUUGCAUAGCGGUUACUUCUCUAACUGGUUUUCAGGACAAUCAACCUGUUAUUACAUUCUAGGAUAUUUUCCCACUGAAGAAAUGCGUGUGUAUAUUAUGUAUGGUUUUGUGACGGCUUCUGUUUAUAGUUGCUUGUUGUGACUUUUGAAGAAAUGUAAACUGGAGCAAAGAGCAUAUUACACGAAGAGAGACCUGAUUUUCAAAAAUUGAUUUUCUGAAGACUGAAAUAGCAUAAUAGUCA